GGGUAAAAGUUAUCUCGGUGUACAAUAAAUUUAUUGUGCACCUUGUGCGCGCAAGACCUUUUGAAUCUCUAAUUGCCAAAUUGAGCCACAGGUAUAUCAGUAGAUUUAGUACUGGUUUUCCGCUUCCGCUUCCCCUAUCUAUCUCCUCCAUCGGCCUUCACUCUGAGCAUCACCAUCCUUGUUGAUUUCUUUCCCAAUGCAGUAAUCUGCCGCUACGAUUCCAUUUACUAAGUACUCAACAAAGGAAGGUGAAUCUUUAACUUGGUGAAAAUUGCAUAAAUGGAUUCAGAAGCUGCACGCACUGCGCGAGACUCUUUAGAAUUGGCAUUUCAAAUGUCAAACAUACUUGAUACAGGAGUAGAUCGCCACACUCUCUCUGUCCUAAUCGCAUUAUGUGAUCUUGGCUUAAACCCUGAAGCGCUUGCCGCUGUUGUCAAGGAGCUUAGAACAGACCCCUCACUUCCUUCAACCAUUCCACCUGAUUCCUGAACCUUCACUUUCUUGUUUCUUUUUUGUAUAAAAAUUUAUAUUCUGGAAAAUGCAGCGGAUGUACAAUUUUCAAUGUAUUCCUAAAUUAGCAAGUACUCCCUCCGUCCCGGAAUACUCGGCCCGGUUUGACCGGCACAGAGUUUAAUGUACUUGAAUUGACUUAUUUAAUUUAAUAGGUAGUAGUUGAUUGUGGGGUAUUGUUUUAACACAAA